AUGACAGAAUUAUCUCUGAACUGGAAGCGUCUUAGCACAGCGAUUCUGCUGAAUACUACAAGAAAGCGAAAAGAAGCCUCUAAAGAACGAAAUAAGAACAAAUCAAUAGCAUCUGCACGGAUUCACACGAAUAAGAAAGUGAGCAAAGACAACAUAAAUGGUAACGAACUGUCACAUUCCAAGCUUUUGAGCAAGAAAACCAGCCCCAAAAUCAUACAGAAAAAGGUCACUGAUAUCCUCCAAAAAGCUGCAUCUGAAAAACCAGCAAACUCACAAAGUCUGGAAUUGGCUGCAAAGCCCACCUCACUAAUUGCAAGAGCACUUUGGGAUUUUGACCGAGGUAUUACAGUGGAAGAUAUUCACAAUGUGGUGUUGAGUAAACAGCCAUCAGCUCUGACACCACGCAAAAAAGAUAUAGGAAAGUAUGUUGCACUUGAUUGCGAAUUUGUUGGUGUUGGACCGGAAGGCACCGAAUCUGCAUUAGCCAGAGUAUCGUUUGUGAACUUUUAUGGCCACGUUAUCUACGACCGUUUUGUUAGGCCGAGAGAGAAAGUAACCGACUGGAGAACAUGGGUCAGUGGUGUUACGGCGCAACAUAUGACAGAUGCCAUAAGCUUUGAUGAAGCGCAGAAAGAAGCUUCGAAAAUACUCGAAACCCGGAUCUUAAUCGGCCAUGCUGUUCACCACGAUUUGGAUUCGUUGUUUCUCUCGCAUCCAAGGUUUCAGAUACGAGACACGUCCAAAUUUGGCCCUUUUCGUGCCAUAUCAAAUGGUCGAACUCCAAGCUUGAAAAAGUUGAUAAAACAUUUUUUGAAGAUGGAUAUUCAAGACGGAUCCCAUUCGUCUGUCGAGGAUGCCCAGGCAACCAUGCUCCUUUACAGGCUACACAGAGACACUUUCGAAAAGAGCAUACGUUCAACUACAGCUAAGUAA